AUGCGAGUGGACCAAGGAACCCGUAACACCGAUUAUCACUUAUCAGAUAUGGGUGGUGAUACAAGAACGCCAACGGGCUCUGCGGUCACUCGUGACAGUCUGCCUUCAACCGUAUGUGAGGCAGAGACAUCUCGAAACUCCAGAGUCAAUACGAACACCGGAUCAAGAUCAUCGUCCGUUUUCAAAACCUCACGAACGCUAGGAUGCACUUUAACCCGAAUCAACCGAGCGGGUGAGCCAGCCAAAAAAGGAACUAUCUUGAAGUUUGAUUUCCAAGAUCCUCUGGUCCUUCAAGAUAUCGUUGGAAUGUCGCAAGCUCAAGCAAUCAACCUCCCAAGAGGCUAUUUGGCGUAUACAGAUAAUUUGAGCGAGGAUGAUCCCAAGAAGAAAGUAUUCGAUGCGGCAAAAACCCUCAUUGACUUCUUGUCAAAUGAUGAUCCCUCAGAACCUAAAGGCCUGGUAGAUCAAGGGUAUGGUACGGGCAUCAGCUCUGUGAGUAAAGUGAGGAAUCCCAGUACCGGAAUUAUAGGAGUGAUAGUCAGAGAUGAUGGAAGUAUCAUUUCUUCCAUCCUGAAGCAAGCUUGA